AUGAAAGAAACUUUGCUGAUGAUAAUAUCAUUAAUAAUUCUAUUCUCUUCAUUCCUUUACGUAUCACCCGCAAAGUCCAAUAGUGUACCCACACAAUGUUAUAACCAUCCAAACCCUUUAAAUGGAAAAUACAGAGAAGCUGUCUCAUGCCCGACGUCAAAACAAAAAGUCAUAACAUCGAAUUUGGCAGCGACAGGCUCAAAAAACAUGUUUGAUGUUACUCUUACAUGUGGUGUAAAAAAUGUAUCAUUAUGUGAUGAAGUAAAAAAGACAUUUGAAACAGCUGGAAAUAUAAUAUCUUCUGCCCUUAUAUUAAAUUCAAUUAUAACUAUAAACGCUAGUUUCAUCGAUUUUUGUGUUUCUAUGGGCGAAUGCGGUGGUAAAUCAGGUCUUGUAACUUUAGGUGGAGCAUGUCCAGCACGUUCAAUACCAUUACAAGAUGAUGAUGGAUUAGUACGACUAUAUCCACAAGCGCUUGUUAAACAAUUUCAAUUUAAAACACAUCCGGAAUAUGGACCCUAUGAUAUUUUAGCAAUGUUUAAUUCAGCUGGAACAAAUUUUUGGUUUGAAGGAGAUGGAAAUAUGGGACAUGACCAACAAGACUUUUUAUAUGUAGUUUUACAUGAACUGAUUCAUGGUUUAGGUUUUGCAUCUAAUUGGGGUGAUUACAUUAAUGAAAACAAUCCGAAAGCAAUGACACCAGAUAUAGCUCUAGUACCAGAUGGCAGCGAUUCAACGCUUAAAUUUAAUGGAUUCAUGGAAAGCGCAUUUGAUAAAUAUAUAAUAAAUAUGUCAAGUGGACAUAGAACCUCAGAAAUCACGAAUAAGCUUAAUACAUUUGCAAAUGAAACUGGAACAAAGUUUUCCGAUGAUGAUGACUUUAAUGCAAAGUUCAAGUCAUCGCCACAAUAUAAAUUGGCUCUUAACAUGAUGAAAACAGUGAUUACACCGUCUUCAUUAGGAUUCUUGCCACAUGACAGCAACGAUUUAGCGGAAGCAAUUAUUCUUGAGACACAUUUGAAUCCUUAUCAGGAAGGUUCAAGUGUUAGUCAUGUUGAUUUUAAUACAUAUAAUACUACAAACGAUUUUUUGAUGAAAUAUUUGGCAGAUCUUGGAGUGAACUUGCGUACCAUGACAACAUCUCGCGGAUGCACCGAAAUUAUCGGUCCUAAACUAAAACUAAUUCUUGAAACUAUAGGAUAUGCAACAUCAGAUUACCCAAAUCCUUACAUUCCAAGUGUCACUAUAACUUCGAAUAAUCUUAACACAAAUAAUCUUAACACAAAUUUUAGCGGAAAUAUCGAAUCAGUAUCAUCUGCAUCUCCAAAAAUGAUAAAUUUUAAUUUUGAAACCUUAAUAAUACUUAAUUUAGUUGGUUUUAUAACUACACGAUAUCUUUUGAAAGACUUUUAA